UUCAUAAUCCCAAAUGCCAAUGAACUCGCAGCAGAUUGAACCCCGAAGCGCGUGGGCUCGAAUAAUCUGGAAUAAUUUAGAAAAGAUGAUGAGCGCCCAGAUUAAACGAUAUAAAUCACACGCGGGAUUUCUGCAGCAGACAGACAGGAUUACACUCACGUUCGGCUCCCUUGGCUUUCUAAACACUUUGUAAUACUAUCAAAUACAUCUUUUUUAUUGGGAGGAAGACUGUUGGAGAAUCACCGACUGGACAUCGUUGCAUCCAGCUGUUGGGGACGCGCUCUAAUUUGCAUAUAGGACAGGUGACUACGUUGAUGUCCGCUUCGCCAGGAUGAGACUGUGGACUUUGCUGGUCAUUGUCCCGCUGUGCGCAUCGUCCCCUCGGACAGCCGAAAAGUCUAAAUCCAAAAGUCUAGAGUUGGAGAGCCGCUGCUCCGGCCGAGCCUGCAACCCCCGCAUAGGCAACCUGGUCCACGGCAGAGCGCUGCGCAGCCAGUCGGUCUGCGGCUCCAACUCCUCGGAGACCUACUGCGCCUUCAAGGAGGUCACGUCGUCCCGCAUCAGAGACUCCUGCUCGGCCGUGAAAUGCAGCAAGUGCAGCUCCGCCGUCCCCGACCAGGCGCACCCUCCUUCGGCCAUGAGCGACUCGUCUUUCCGCUACCCCGACACUUGGUGGCAGUCGGCGGAGGGGGCGAAGGAGGAAACGCUCCAGCUCGACCUGGAGACCGAGUUCCUCCUCACCCAUCUCAUCCUGGUGUUUCGCUCCCCCCGCCCGGCCGCUAUGGUGCUGGAGCGCUCCCAAGACCGAGGGCGCACGUGGAAAGCCCUCCGGUACUUUGCCGGGGACUGCGAGGGGGUGUUCGGCCUGGCGGAGGGGUCGCCGGUCGGGGAGAGCGGAGCAACUUGCACCGCCAAGUAUUCAGGAGCUUCCCCUUGUACCAGAGGAGAGGUGAUCUAUCGAGCUUUGUCGCCCUGGAACUCGGUGGAUCCGUAUGGACCCGCCGCCCAGGACCAGCUCAUGGUCACCAACCUGCGCGUCCGUCUGCUGCAGCGCCAGCAGUGUCCCUGCCAGGCCAAACAUCCUGGUGGUGCUGUCCUCCCCACGGACCACUAUGCCAUCUAUGAUUUUAUUGUGAAAGGCAGCUGCCUUUGCAACGGACAUGCCGACCACUGCGUGCCGGCCGGGGGCCAACAGAAAGCCAACAACAUGCAGGUCCACGGAAAGUGCGUCUGCAGACACAACACAGCCGGCGAGCACUGCGAGCGCUGUGCGCCGCUCUACAACGACCGGCCCUGGCAGGCGGCCAACGGCAUCGUGGGGACGCCGCACGAGUGUCAGAGGUGCAAGUGUAAUGGUCACGCCAAGAGCUGUCACUUCAGUCGUGGGUCGUGGCUGGCGAGCGGACGGCGGAGUGGCGGCGUGUGCGACAGCUGCCACCACAACACAGAGGGCCGACACUGUGAGAACUGCGAGAGGGGCUUCUUCAGAGACCCCGACCGACCCAAAACGGCCCCGGACUCCUGCAGAGCGUGUUCCUGCCACCCUGUAGGCGGCGUGCGCUCGGGAGGCGCCCCUCUCUGCAACCCCAGCAGCGGGGAGUGCACUUGUAAGCCCGGCGUCGGAGGCCCCCGCUGUGAAAGCUGCAUGCUGGGAUACUGGGGGCUCCACGAAUACGGCUGCCGUCCGUGUGACUGCACAGCGGACUGUGACCCCUACACCGGUGACUGCAUUUCUGACUCGGAUGUGGAGGUCUUUCAUGCAGCCACCGGCCACAUGGGACACCGCAGCAGUAAUCGUGAGACGGCACUCUUUAGGCUACAGGAGCUUUUCUCUGCACUGCACCACUCUGAGAAAUGUGAGUGUGUAGAAGUUCCACUUGGCAGCCCUAAACUCUUCUGUGCUGCAGAGUAUGACUACGUGCUGGUGGUGAAGGUGGUGACGGCUCACGAUAAAGGUUCCCAUGCAGAGGUGGAGGUCAAGGUCAAGAAAGUAUUCUACCAGAACCCCCAGAUGAAGAUCCAGAGGGGAAACGUUACCCUUUACCCAGAGUCCUGGACCACCAACGGCUGUACUUGUCCCAUCCUAAACCCAGGAUCUGAAUACGUUGUUGCCGGUCACGAGGACCGGAAGACCGGCCAACUGAUGAUCAACGCCAAGAGCCUGAUUAAAUCAUGGAAGUCAACCCUGGGACGUAAAAUUCUCCACAUCCUCAGGAAAGACUGUGGCCGCCGGUAGUGUGUCCAAGAUGCUCUGUGACACACCGGAGUGUGUAAAGUGGACAGAGUGAUGGUUGAAUUUCCGCAUUGCGCCGGCACUAAAAUGACCACAAAAUCCAAUGGCCAGAGAUUUGACCGUUUCUUCUGUUUCUCAGGCGGAGGGCACAUUCUCAGGAAACUGCAACAAUGCUGCAGUGGUGUGGUUGCUAGCCUGCAAUAAGCACAUGCCUCUCCAGACUUCUGUCACUUAAGAAUAAUAAAGAACAAAGCAAGACUUUUAUCUGAACAAAGGCGAUGGUGGAAGUCCAUUACCGCGUUACUGUAUAAUAUUCACCAGGUCAUCUGCAAAGCACGUUAAACUAAAUUACACUUUUCCCGGACAAACUUCCUUGGUGAUCCAGUCACGUCCGACGGCAUCAAUUUCAUUGAGAGCUGUUUACUUUGAAAUCUUAAAGGCGCAGAGGAAAUUAUUCCUGUGGUCUCUCCGAUAUUGCCGAUAAAUCAUGAACGAAGUCAACAGCCGAGUGUGGAUGUCUGCGUUUGCUUGAUGCCCUUGGCAGGAAGUCGGCGACUGUGCAGGUCACAACAAGCAGCUCCUGGAUGAAAAAAAAAAAGCAUUAAGAGGAAUCCGACGGCUUAAUCUGAGCGGCUCUCCUCAGCGCCGUUAAACAGGCCAGCCCGCUGUCUGCUCCACCGGCUCCAGCGCUUGGUUUUGCCCUCACAGCCGGUUCAGCUGUCAGAUUCUGUGAGGGUUUUUGUUGUCUUGGUUUCCGACCUGCUUCCUUGUGAGGCGAAUCACUUCAGAAGGGCUCUGUGUACCCGGCUCUGCAUGGGAGCGGGAGCGCACACUUGACAUUUGCGCUUUAUUUGUUUCACUGCUGCCCCAAAAUCAAUAUGCAUUAAAAGCCAUUGACAUCAGAGUUAACAAGUUCGUUUUGGAGCCAAAGCUCAGCGAAGAAUGAGUCUAGUUCGCUCUCUAAGGAGAAGGACAAUCUCAACGAGGAGACCGGAUGCAUUCCUCCAACUUGACAUCAAUGCUCAGACUCAGACUUUAAGGGAAAUGGGCCGGAGCUCUUAUUGUAAUGGACAAAGGGGUCAUUUGGGGGGCACGAAUGUACUCUGCCUUGGAGAUAUUUCUAUUGUUAGUUCUGUGUCCUGUAUGUCCUGUCCCCCCCCAUCUAAACUUUAAACAAUAAAUCAGUGUGCAUUCUUA